AUGACUACGUCCUUUUCGGAUCUUCUGCGUGAACAAGAGGAAGUAGCGGGGUGGAUACAAAGAUUCUGGGCUAACGUAUGCAAGUUAGGAAAGGACAAGCUGACGGGAGCGGUUUUAGAGCAGAGACAGGGUUUGCUCAACCGAUACUGGGACACGUUCCUUAGCGGACACCGUAAAUUGAUGAGAUGCAAGGAGGCGAGUUCUAGUUCAUAUGUCAAAGAGGACGCCUUUUCGGUCACAGAAGAAGCUUACCUCGACGCAGCCUCCAUGAUUUCCCAUCACCUGAAAGAGCUGCCGUCCCCUUGCUCCUCGCAUGUUCAACAGUCCACUAUUGCGCCUCCGCCCCACCCGCAACUGCCUAAAAUUGAUUUGCCGAAAUUUUCGGGCGAUCCGUUACAAUGGGAGAGCUUUCGCGACCUUUUUAAAAGUCUAGUCCAUGACGUCAGCCACUUACCUGACGUACAGAAGCUACUCUAUUUGAAGUCUAGUUUGACAGGUGAGGCCGCCGAGGUCAUUCGGAAUACGCCGAUAACGGACUCCGGCUUCAGGGGAGCAUGGGACGAUCUGGAAGCCCGGUACGGUAACAUUCGUCUGUUAUCGUUUUCCCAUCAUCGAGCGCUCCUCUUGUGCCCACCAGCCCUGCAGCAGUCAGCUGGCGAAUUGAAGCGGCUUUUAGACACUUUCCGCCAGGCGAUUAGGGCGUACGUUACACUGAGGAAACCCGUUACUUCAUGGGAUGAGUGGUUUGUAUACUUACUAAGCCAAAAGCUUGACAAAACUACUCACCUUGCUUGGGAGACUUCUUUGGCGGAUAGCCGGGAAAUCCCGCGGUUCCAGCAAUUAUCGCAGUUCUUGGAGAACCGGAUCCAAGCUUUAGGCGCUGCAGGCAUGACGGACCCAUCGCUCCACGCUGUGUCGCCGAGCAGCUCUAAGGAAAUCAAACCUAAAACAAAAGGAGGAGCAUCAGCAAAAGGCGUUAACUCUAACGUCUUAGCCGCAGCAUCAAAGUCGCCCCCGGCCCGGAAAUGUCCGGGGUGUUCGGGCACCCACGGUCUAGGAUUUUGUUAUAAAUUCAAGGCGCUGUCGCCGGCAAAACGCAAGGAGCGCGUCCAACAGCUGAAGGCCUGCCUGAGCUGUUUGAAUGUAGGACACGAAGUGGGUAAGUGUCCGUCUAAACAAGUCUGUUUAGCCUGUAGCAAGCGACACCAUACGUUACUGCACGAGGCGCUGACGGCUCCACCGGCAAGCGCACCAGGCCGUGAAGGCGGACAGCCGGCACGAGAAGACGCUGCCUCGACGUCUGACGACGCAACUCAGCAGGUGACUACCCUCUCUCUAUCGGUUGGCUCAAAAGCCGUGGCCUUACUCGCAACCGCCAAGGUGAGAUUGGAGGCGCCAUCAGGAGAAACCGUAGAGGUCCGAGCCCUUCUGGACACCGGCUCCGAUACCUCUCUCGUCUCAUCGUGGGUCGCUCAGGCGCUACGUCUUCCACGGCGGGCGGUGCGAGUGGCCAUCUCAGGCGUUAAGGACAAUGAGGUUGGACACGCGACCGGAGAGGUAUCACUUGUAGUUCGACCCCGACACACUUCGGACUUCCGAUUACCAGUUCGUGCGUUGGUACUCCGCAAACUAACGUCGUUGCUCCCGAGCAAACGCAUCGUGGCAAAGUCUUGGCCGCAUAUUACUGGUCUCACGCUUGCUGACCCCGAGUACGGAGUUCCGGCUCGGGUAGAUUUACUUUUAGGUGCGGAUGUUUGCGGAACGCUCUUUGGUGACGACUCGCGCAGAGGGCCAGAGGGUACUCCAACAGCGAAACUCACCCCCUUUGGCUGGGUGCUUAUGGGACCAGCCUCCGACGACAAACCCAAGGCGGAGACGGCCGCUCGGGUUCUUCACUGCCACGGCGAGGACUCCACAAGCCAACUCCUCCAGCGGUUCUGGGAGCUGGACGAGAUUCGAGAACGGGCUCCAAUGUCACAAGAAGAGGAAAAGUGUGAGCGUCACUUCCUUGACACCCAUGCUCGAGAUCCAUCGGGACGCUACGUGGUGCGCCUUCCCUUCGAAAAGGACCCGCGGACUGCGCUGAAGUCCAACAGGACGACGGCGUUGAAACUCCUCUUCAAUUGUGAACGACGCCUAUCCUCGGAUGCUACGCUGAAAGAGCAGUAUCGAAAUUUUAUGAUGGAGUACCUGACUUUACAGCACAUGCAGGGUGCACCCGAAGAAGCGGAUAAAGGGCCUGCGUAUUACCUGCCACACCACGCCGUACGCAAGCGUCACGAUCCUUCUGCCAAGUUACGGGUCGUUUUUAAUGCUUCUUUUUGUACAGCCACGGGCCAAUCGCUAAACGACUGCCUCGCCACUGGUCAGAAGCUCCAGGCUGACCUAUGGAUGGUAUUGACCCGCUGGCGACUUUUUCGGGUCGUAUUCACCACGGACAUUGUCAAGAUGUUCAGACAGAUCCGAGUCCAUUCAGAGGAUACUAAGUGGCAAAGCAUCCUUUGGCGCGCCACUCCCGACGAACGAGUGCAGGACUUUCGGCUUACAACGGUGACGUAUGGCACGGCGUGUGCGCCUUUCCUAGCCUUACGGGUACUUGCCCAGCUGGCGAACGACGAAAGCAGCCGGUUUCCCCGAGGAGCUUCGGUGGUGCGUCGACACACUUAUGUCGAUGAUAUCCUCACCGGGGCGGAUGAUGUCAGCGAGACCCUGGCUUUGAAAAGAGAAGUGGUAGCAAUUUUCAAAGCUGGCGGUUUCGAACUAAGCAAAUGGGCAUCUAACAUACCGGAAAUUCAAGAAGCCGACUCUUCUGAUACGCGCCUGUUUCAGGAAUGGUCCGGCAUCAGCACACUAGGCGUGAACUGGAAUCCUAGGGAUGAUGCCUUCUCCCUUCGAGUCGCAGCCGCUGAGCUGGGGAGAGAAUGUACCACCAAGAGGUCCAUCCUUUCGGAAAUCGCAGGCCUCUUCGACCCACUGGGCUGGGCGGCGCCGGUCCUAGUCGUGGCCAAGAUUUUAAUGCAGGACCUCUGGAUCCUUGGAGCGGACUGGGAUCAGCAAUUGCCAGAGAACGUCUGCACUAUGUGGCAGCGCUUCAGAGGCUCCUUGCCGCAAUUGGAUACCCUGAAGAUCCCACGCUGGACAUUUGCCUCAUCAGAGCCGUCCACCCAGAUGGAACUUCACGGUUUUUGUGACGCCUCGCAGCGAGCUUAUGCGGCAGCUGUGUACCUGCGGGUCAAUAACAAUGGGUCGGUAACGACCUCGCUUUUGGUCGCAAAAACUAAGGUGGCCCCGGUAAAGACUAUAACAAUUCCGAAGUUGGAACUGUGUGGAGCCACCUUGUUAUCUAAAUUAUUGAUUCGGGUCAAAGAAGGCAUUAAUAUGUCUGGCCCGACCAUCGCGUGGACGGAUUCAAGUGUAACCUUACACUGGAUCCGCGGCCAUGCAUCUCAAUGGAAACCCUUCGUUGCCCAUCGAGUCUCCGAUAUCCAGCACGAGAUACCGGCGGACAGUUGGCGGCACAUCCGCUCUCCGGACAAUCCAGCGGACUUGGCAACCCGAGGAAUGAGCCCAGCCGAGCUCAUCGACUCCGAUCUGUGGUGGCACGGGCCGAAAUGGUUGACGGAACAGCCUGAAUUCUGGCCGGCGACCUUUCCGGAGUCCAACGAGGGAAUAGAGGCAGAGAGAGGAGGAGCCACGGUACACGUCGUCAAGGAGAAAUUCGGAGAAAAUUUCCUGUGCCGCUUCUCCUCCCUCUCGCACCUUUUAUCUGUUAUUGCCCAGUGUUUCAGGUUUGCCAGUCUAAGCCGAGGGCAGCCUUGCGAGAAGGGUUUUGUUAAAGCAGCGGAGCGCACCCACGCCUUCCUAGCAGUUCUGAGAUUCUCUCAACACACCAGUUUCCUGGAGGAGAUUGAACAACUGCAACGGCACGGCGAGCUACGCAAAGCUUCACCCCUUUCUCCGUGUCGACCUUUCUUAGACGACCAGGGCUUGCUAAGGCUCGGAGGGCGCUUAGAAAACGCGGCUCUGCCGUACAAUGAGAAACAUCCUUACCUUGUGUCGAAGAGAUGUCCGUUGGCCAGGCUUCUGAUACGGGACGCACAUUACCGCACGCUCCAUGGAGGUCCACAGCUUACUCGCAGCCAUCUCAUGAGAAGAGUCUGGAUCGUCCGAGGCCGCUCCCUGGUUCGAUCCGAAAUCGCCGCCUGCGUCACGUGCGCCCGGUUCAGCGGACGUAGAGCUGGACAACUGAUGGGACAACUUCCACAGGAGCGCACUGCAGCACAGAGGGCCUUUUUAACCACCGGCGUGGAUUAUGCGGGCCCGAUUAAGCUACGUACCUCGCCCGGGCGUGGCCACAAAGCCUACAAAGGCUACAUCGCCCUCUUCGUGUGCCUGUCUACCAGGGCAAUACAUUUGGAAGCGGUGUCAGAUCUAACCUCAGCUUCCUUUCUUGCAGCCUUCCGUCGCUUUGUGGGCAGGCGAGGACAUUGCGCCACUCUGUUUAGCGACAAUGGAACGGUAUUCCAGGGAGCAGACAGAGAGCUCCGCACUAUGUUCCGCCAGUCUACUUUAUUCUACCAGGAGGCAGCCGCAUCCCUGGCAUUAGACGGCACCAGCUGGCAGUUCAUUCCCCCUUAUGCGCCGCAUUUUGGUGGCCUGUGGGAGGCAGGGGUAAAAUCCGUAAAGCACCAUCUACGGAGAGUGAUCGGUGAUUCCACACUUACCUUCGAGGAACUGACGACUCUCCUCUGUCAAAUAGAGGCGUGCCUAAACUCGAGGCCACUGUACGCACUAUCAGAGGACCCUUCGGAGCUGGCCGCCUUGACACCGGGUCACUUCUUGAUAGGGGAACCAACCACCGUCCCCCCAGAGCCAGAAGAACCAUGCACUGCACUUCACACACGCUGGCGGUUAAUCUCACAAAUGCGAGCACAAUUCUGGAAAAGAUGGAGACGCGAAUACUUACAGCAUCUCCAACAGUUUCCGAAGUGGCGUCGUUACCGGGAGAAUUUGGAAAUCGGCAGCCUGGCGCUUAUCCGGGACGACUUACAGCCACCAGCAAAGUGGUUGAUGGGACGCGUCACCGAACGACACCCAGGACCUGAUGGAUGCGUUAGAGUGGUAACUCUACGCACUGAAAAGGGCACUGUUAAGAGGCCAAUCGUCAAGCUGUGCCCCUUACCAGUAUCGCCAACCGAUGCCUCUUAG